UUGUACAGCACAUGCUAGCUAGCUCAAUUCUUCAUGUCCUUGGCAGUUGCUGCUGGAGAAUGGAUGUUGAGUCACUGACAAAGCUGGGUGGAGAAUGCCUGCUGCAAGGAGAGCUCAGCAAGUCUCUGUGGGCACUGGAUGCGGCUCUGUGCCUGUCUCCAGGGAUGCACAACCCAAGCUUGUGGCAGAGAGGUCUGGCAUGUGUUUACAAGGGUCAUUACGACAAUGCAGCUCUGCAGUUUGAAAGUAACAUGACUGAGAAUGGAUCUGAUAUCGAAGAGGUUUUAUGGCAUUUUAUUAGUCGUGCGAAGAAGACUGGCUAUGAUGCAGCAAAACAAGAUGGUUUUCUUCAGCUAAGACCGAGUCAAGACUCCCUAUCAACUCUCCCUCCAAUGCCGCAAGUGCUGAAGCUCUACAAGGGAGACUGUUCAGUGGAAAAUGUUCUAACAGCCGCAAUCGACCAAGACGGAACUCCGUUACAAAGUUACAACGGCGCUAAUGCAUUGGCCUAUGCUCAUUUCUACAUCGGGAUCUACCACGAAUUGAUAGGUGCACUACAACAAGCAGAAGAGCACUUAAAGAAAGCCUGUGAUUUUAAAAAUCCUGACUACAUUGGAAGGCUGAUGACAACUCACUAUCUUCUCUUCUUGAGAUUGUACCCAAAAGUUUCUGUGUUCACUGUUGGAGCAAAGUCCACAAAUCUUUACAAGUGCUCUCAGAUCAUCCAAGGGGGGUGGCAGUUGUCGACUGGUCAUGUGAUCAAUGAAGCGAAGGAAAAAACGUCUGUCACUCUUAAGCUUGCUAACCUCCUGAAAACGUACGAUGCUGGUGUGUGUGCAUUUGAUUGUGGAGACAUCUACACUGGAGUUGAAUGGCUGUACGGACGACUGAUUAAUUCCCUCAGGCUGCGAGAGGGAAGGGACCCUGAUGUACACAUUCACACUAAGUUUGUGCCUGAUUUGGAUAUUAUUCAAUCUGGCGGAGUGAGUGAGCAUUAUGUGAGAUCGUGUGUGCGUCGAUCGUUGAAUCGCCUCAGUAUCGAUUGUCUGAGUUUGCUGCAAAUCCAUUGGUGGGAUAUGAGCGUGCCCGGCUGUAUAGAUGCGGCGAAACAUCUCUACCAGUGUGUCAAAGAGGGAAUGGUGAAACAGCUGGGAGUAUUAAACUUCGACACAGAGACUACUAUGCAGAUUGUAACCAGUGGAGUCCCUAUAGCAACAACUCAGGUGCAGUUUUCCCUGAUUGAUCGUCGGCCACUAAGCUCUGGACUUGUCUCCCUGUGCAAAGAGCAUGGUAUCAAGAUACUGCCCUAUGGUGUUCUGGCUGGAGGAUUUCUGACAGAUCGCUGGCUAAGGUCCCCAAGACCAAGCAUUGAGGAUCUUGCGAAUAGGAGUCUAGUCAAGUACCUGCUCAUCAUUGAGGAGUUUGGAGGUUGGACCUUGUUCCAGAAGCUGCUACAAACACUGCGCGUAAUCGCAGACAGACAUGGCUCGGCAGUUACCAUAGCAAUGGUGGCCAUUCAGUACGUACUGACACAGGAAGCUGUGGGUGGAGUCAUCAUUGGUGCUCACGACAACAGACAUUUGCCCUCGACACUUGCAUCCACUCAACUGAGGCUGCUCCCCGAGGACCUAGCUGACAUUGAGAGUGUUCUGUCCCUGUCCUCCGGGCUAAAGGGACCAGUUUACGGGCUGGAGAGGGAGGUGUCUGGGGCACACGGGAGAAUCAUGAAGUACACACUCAACAAACUGAACAUGGCAGAGCAUGUAGAGGAGCUGUGUCACAGGUACCUUCAGCUCCACUUCUCGGCUUACCCCACGGAGGCCACUCGCACUGGUUACAGACUCCCUGCCCCCACCUCUACUGACCAACACUCCCUCGUUGCUGCCAAGACAACCUCCUACGAUCAUCUCACAGAUAUUGUGUCUCCAACCGAAAUCAAUACUCACUGCAAACGAACGCAAUGUGUACUCGAAGAAGCAGAAGCAAUAAACGAAGAUGCUCUGUCCAAAGAACAGCUGGUCGAUCUUCAGCUCAUCAUUUCACAGCUAAAGCUACAACUUGUUCUUUUUCAAAAAGUCGAGAGUCACAAGAAAGACCCACUCGUUUAUCUCCCUCUAAACUCGAUUCUCUAUCUACUUCCAGUCUGGGGAGACGAAAAUGAGAGUUCAAAGUUCAGUAUAGAAGAACACACCCACCCUGGAGUUGCCGAUAUGGACGUUGGUCAGCGAUUGUCUGCGUUGCUCUCACGGCUACAAGCUAUUCCAAGUGCCCUCAUCUGUGCACAUCGUAACCUCACACUAUCUGUCAAGGCAUUUGUGGAAACUGCUAUCAAGAUUUGCGGAUCAUUUGCUACUUUUCUUGCCACUGAGGUUGUCCCACUUUGUGUUGCUAUGAGUGGAGGUACUGACAAAGACAUCAUUAAUGAGAUCGAAAUUACCUCCAAAGUUGCAGCCAAGUGUGUCGAAUCGUUUGGACAUUAUCUUUCAAAGGAGCUGCUACCCAAAAGCUCAAGUAUGACAGGUGUUGGAAAAGAGGUAUAUUCAGACAUUCUGCGAUACAGCCACUUCAUUGAGAGCAGUGAUGACCUAUUGAGACUAGGAGAAAAGCACUUUGAGGCCGUAAAAACCGAGUUGGAGAUUUUGGCCAAAAAGAUUGACCCAAGUAAAACCUGGCAAGAGUUAACAAAGACACUUAUCAACCCUCUACACCCAUCGGCCAAGGAUCUGUUGCCCACCUACAUGGCUGAGAUUCAUCGAGCACGAGAUCACAUGAUGUCACAUGACCUUGUAUCGGACCUCCCACAAGGCGAAUGUGUGCAUGGCUUCACAACCCCUUCGUUUUUAACCCCAUUCUCACCAGUAGGUGACUAUCUUAACCCAUCUCCGUUUGCCGGAAUGUCCAGCUCAACCCCUCCCAAACGAGUUGGUCACCUAAUGCUCCAUUCGAUUGCUGCCCGCCCUCCUGAAACCCACCAAGCUCUACUCAGAGGUCACGAUUAUUGCUGGAUAUCUGUCGUCUCACCGCACGAGUCGUACCCUGGUCACCAUGUUCAAGCCUUGCUCGCUCAAAUGCAUCCUAGAGUUCUGAGAAAAUAUCACGAGUCUAUUCUGUUCUACGAGGGAUGGGGACUGUAUACUGAAGAGCUUGCAUACGAGACGGGAUUCUUCAAACGAGAACUAGAGUAUGUCGAGGAGGUUACAAAUGAGGUGAAGAAGUUAUCGUCCGAACAAUUUGAGCAGCUGACGAGACUAACACAGUUACGACUCAGGCUAUGGCGAGCAGCUAGAGUGAUUUUAGACGCUAAGUUGAACCUCGGAGAAAUGAACGUUGACGAGUGUCGAGAGUUUUUGCACAGGGAGGUUAUGUUCAACGAGGGGGCCAGUGAGGGGGAGGUAUUCAUGUAUUUGUCUCGGCCUGGCUAUGCUCCUUGCUACGUUGCGGGCUAUGUAAUGAUCAUGCAACUGAGGGAGGAAAUGAGGAGGAGUCACGGGGAAGAAUUCACUCUGAAAGAGUUUCAUGAUCGUGUGCUGUCGAAGGGUUGCAUCCCUUUCAAACUGUUGAGAACACUGCUGUAAUAAUAGUUAUGGCUGACGUGAUCGAGUCAUGUUUCUUUGUGAAUGUUAUUGUACAUGUAUACGUAUAGCACUAUAACUCUUUCAAUUUCUGGUUUAUAUCUCUGUGGUGUAUAGUAUAUAUAAUGUUUUGUGACAAAAAGUUCUUAAACAAAAUUUUCUUCAUUGAC